GCUGCUGUAGGAAAGGGCGGGGAUGCUGGUGGUGGAUUGGUGAGGCCUACCGGUCAAAACCUCCUAUGUGGAGUAGGCGUUGUUUUAAAGUGGAUUUACUCGUCUGGCGAAUAAACCUUCCAGUUCAUGAUUGACUGUGCAGCCCAGCCAAUUGGACGCAUGCAGUCGGGAUCAAGGUGAACUGCGGCAAAUCAACAAACUUUUUGUGUCAGCCCCAUAAUGCGCCUUUGGACGAAUCUGCUCAAUGCAUUUGUUGAUUGACAGAGAGGGUAUCCACUCUCCCUGCCCAACAGGAGGGCGUUGACUACAAAAUGAGUGUUUUUCUGGGGCAGCUAGCAAUAGCCUGCUAGCGACUAGUUAUGAUAUUUCGUCAACAAAGCUGCGGAUUUAUCGUGGCAGUUAAUACACGACAUUGUUUAUUUCGAUCAUGAGUCGAUCGGUGAAACCACCUUUCCAGUCUCCACCGGUGUUUGAGGGAGUCUAUAACAAUGCUAGAAUGCUACACUUCCUGACUGCAGUAGUGGGCUCCACCUGUGACGUGCGGGUGAAGAACGGCACGGUGUAUGAAGGCAUCUUCAAAACGCUCAGCUCACGGUGUGAGCUGGCGGUCGAUGCGGUGCACAGGCGUGGCGAUGACGAGGGCUCGGUGCCCCCGAGGAGAGAGGAGAUUACAGACACCAUGAUCUUCAGCCCCAACGACCUCGUCACCAUGACCUGCAGAGACGUUGACCUCAACUACGCCACACGAGACACGUUCACAGACACAGCCAUCAGCUCUGGCCGUGUCAAUGGGGAGCACAAGGAGAAGGUUCUCCAGAGGUGGGAGGGUGGAGACAGCAAUGGAGAGAGCUACGACCUGGAGGGAGACGCAUCCAACGGCUGGGAUGCCAACGAGAUGUUCCGCUACAAUGAAGAGAAUUAUGGAGUCAAGUCCACAUACGACUCCAGUUUAUCCAUGUACACCGUUGCUCUGGAUCGGAGCUCGAACGAAAACUUCCGUGCGCGCGAACUCCGCGCUGCGCGUCUGGCCAGCGAGAUCGAGUCCAGUCCUCAGUAUCGCCACCGGGUGGCGCUGGAGAACGAUGAUGGCCGCACCGACGAGGACAAGUUCAGCGCCGUGGAGCGCGACCGCGAAAGGGGACGCGAGAGCCCCCGCGACAGGGACCGCGAGAGGGGACGAGACAGCCCCAGCGGACCUAGCAGUAGAGAGGGCAAGUACAUCCCGCUGCCCCAGCGUGCGCGCGAGAUGGGGGGAGCGGGCGGCAGCCUGAGAGGGGACCGGGACCGGGGUGGCGAUCGCUCGGACCGGGGACGUGGUGGCAGCUACCACUCCAGCCGGUCCACGCCCCCCAGCUCCUCCCCGCGACCCCCCCUGCCCCCGGCCUCCAGCGGCUCCGGACCCCAGAGCAACGCCCCCUCUUCCAACAGUGGAGCAGGUGGUCCCCCGUCGGAGAGGGGCAGCCCCCUGUCGAGCCGCGCCUCCUACACCCCCAGCAGCCCCCCCUCUUCGUCAUCCUCCUCCUCCUCCUCACACGCGCUCCCGCACUCUCACUCCCUACCGCACGCCCUCGCCGACGCAGGGAGGCCCGUCAAUGGAGUCCCUUCGAGAACCUCCCCCAAGUCCCAGAGACCCCACCAGCCCAACCGAGCAGCCCGCCCCUCCAACACACACCCCCACUCCUCAGCGUCCCGCUCUCCCAAGUCAGAGCCUGGCCCCCAGGAGUCCUCCCUCCCCUCCACUCCUUACAUGGACAACAAGCAGAAACCCUCUGGCCCCGCCCCUCUAUUCCCUGUAGAUGUGAAUGAGAUCCUGAGCGCGGCUGGAAAGGACAGAGCAGCAGCAGCAGCAGAGGCCGUAGCCAGUCCAGACGACGGCAAGAGCAGCAAGACUCAUUCUGCCCAGCAACUCUCUCAGAUCGAGGAACUCCGCAAGUUUGGUAAAGAGUUCAGGCUGGGCUCCAGCACGGGUGGCCCCAGCUCUCCUGGCUCUGCAGCAGCAGCUCCAGCAGGUCCCGGGGGUGAGAACCCCGCCGCUGCCCAGCCCGGAGCUCCCAAAGCCCCCUCGGCCGCUGCCGAGGCCCCCUGCCCCGUCCCCGACGCAGCCAAGCCUGGACUCACCCUGAGCCAGCAGCCCCCCGCACCCGCCUCCCCCGCCGACGACCCUCACAAGGAGAAGGAUGCCGCCUCCACGCCCGCACCCCCCUCCGGAGCGUCCAGCUUGCCACUUUCUGACAGGCAGUCGCCAGCCACCCCACAGCUUGCCAGGACCCCCGGCGCAGAGGACGGCCGGCCAGAGGCGCCCGUUGAGGCAGUCACAGACAGUGGCAGUGUAUGCAGCAGCAGUAACAGCAGCGGUAGUAGCAGCCAAGUGAAGAGGUCUACGCUGAACCCCAACGCCAAAGAGUUCAACCCCAUAAGCAAGCCCCCCAUGGCCAUGUCUAAGCCCACGUCUGCCCCUACCCCUCCACGUCCGACCCCUCCCAGUCCCUCGGUGGUGCUGCAGCAUCCAGCGGGCCAGGGAGCCGUGUAUGGAGCGCCCUACCUCUCAUAUGUAUCACAGAUACACCCUGUACAGCCUCAGCAGAUGUAUCAGUACCCGAUGCAGGCCGUCAACCAGGGCAAAUACCCACGAGCCAAAGGUUCGGUGGUGGCUCAGCGGUCUGACCACGGCUCCUCGGCGCCCCCUAUGCUCCAGGCGGCCUCUGCAGCCGGCGCCCCGCUGGUGGCCUCGCACUACCCCCAGUCAUACCUGCCCUACAACCCCCCUCAGUACGGAGGACAGCAGGUCAUACAGGCCAUGAGCCCCUACCCCGGACAGCCGGCGAUGUACUCCAUGCUGCAGGGUGGUGCUCGUAUGCUGAGUUCGGGUGGGGGCCACCCCCAGGCCCUUGGCCCCCCGGGGGGCCCCCAGUUCCCCGGACAGAACGAAGGGCCCCAGGGCCCUCAGCAGGGCAUCUAUGCUCCUCAGUCGUUCUCUCAUCACUCUGGGGCGGUUCACCAACCUCAGCCCUCAAGCACCCCUACUGGUAGCCAGCCGCAACCGCAGCACACCACGCCUAGCCCCGGACAGACGGGUCAGUCGGGUCCCCAGGGCCAGUCCCUGUACCACUCGGGUCCGCUGUCGGCCCCCACCCCGCCUAACCUGCCCCCGGGACACAGCUCCCCGCAGGCCUCCUACCCGCUGCCCGGCUACAACAUCCACGGACCCCAGGGGCUGCCACACACCUACAACCUCGCACAGAUCACACAGGCCCAUGUCCAAGGCCCCAUGUCGGGCCCGCACCCGUCUGGUACCCACGGCCCCCCUCAGAUGGUGAUGCUGCAUGCGCCCCCCCAGGCAGGACCUGGCUCCUCCCAGCACCCCCAGCACGGGCCCCAGCAGGGGCCCCCCCAGCACUUCGCUUACAUCGGACACCCCCAGGCUGUUCAGGUCCCUCAGCAGCAUCCCCAGCAGCUCUCCUUCCAUCCUCAAGGCAACUGAGCAACGUCGUCGCCAUAGCAGCCACCCUUUGACUCCUCCCUCCUUCCGUCUCUUCUGUAGACCACGCCCACAAAGAAGACUUGGACCAAUUUGAGGGGAAGAGGGGGGCAGAGUGAAAGGGGGGAGAGGGGAUUUGUUUGUUUUCCCUCCCGUGUGUGUGUGUGAUUCCCUCCUUCCCCAUUGCUUGACCCUGCCCUCACAAUAUUACCCCUAAC